AUGGUUUCACCUAAAGACUAUGCACCUUCCUUAUAUAAUCGCGAUUGGUCUAAAUAUGAUCUUCAAUACGUUUUUUUACUCAUAUUAAGUUUACUUCUUUUAUAUAUUAUCGAUUCACCUGGAGUUUGGAUCAAAUCUUUUAUUGUCUGCAUAUUUGUAGCUGGACUUUAUCAUCCAACCACAAGAAUUUUUUUUCUUCCAUUUCUUCCUAUCGCUUGUUGGUUGGUUUUAUUCUAUUCCUGUAGAUUCAUUCCUGAAUCAAAAAGACCUCAUAUUUAUGUAUCGGUAUUACCAGCCUUGGAGAACAUUUUAUAUGGAGAUAAUUUAUCCACUAUCGUUUCAAUGCAUACAAAUGUUUUCAAAGAUGUCUUGGCUUGGCUUCCAUAUGGCGUGUUUCACUUUAUGCUGCCAUUCUUCACCAGCCUGGGGCUUUGGUGGUUUGGUCCUCCCGGGAUUCUAACUGUUUUUGCAAAGGCUUUUGGUUAUAUGAACCUUGCUGGUGUGUUGACUCAAUUAGUAUUUCCUUGUUCUCCACCGUGGUAUGAAUACGUGUAUGGAAUGAAUACCCCUGCUUCAUACUCAAUGCCGGGUCACGCUGGAGGAUUGAUUCGUAUUGACGAAUUGUUCAACUUUAACACAUAUGAAACUGCAUUUAAUGGUUCUCCAAUGGUAUUUGGUGCUUUUCCUUCUUUACACUCUGCAUGCGCAAUUAUCCAAACUCUUUUCAUCUCUUACACUUUACCAAAAUCUCGUCCCUUAUGUUUGACUUACGUAUUCUGGAUUUGGUGGGCCUGUAUGUAUUUGACACAUCAUUAUAUGGUUGAUUUAGUUGGAGGUGGUAUCUAUGCUGUUGUAACUUUUUGGUUUGCUUGGAAUUGUAGUUCUUCGAUACCUUCCGAUGUUAAAAUUUUUAAUUCCGAUUGUAAUGAAUUUAAAGUUGAGAUUGAUAAUAUUAAUCUUUGA